ACCUUUUUUUUUUUUUGGGAAAUUUCAUAUUCAUACAAUCAUUCACUGUUUUGGGUUUUAUGCUUCAUGGGUUCUUAGUUCUACUUCACAACUUCUUCAUUACCAUCAUUGUAAUUUCCUUUUUUUACGCCUACACAAGAGAAGUGGUCCUUAGUUCUCCAUCAAGUUCUUGACUUUUUGGGAUUUAUCUGUUGAUUAUCAAUCAUAACCCCAUUUACCCAUUUUGUUUGUUUCAGUUUUUGAUCUUGUUUUGCUAUGAUUUAAACCACAUUGUUAAGAUUUAGAAGGUUUAAAGUUGAUUUUUGGGUUAUUUGAAGAAAACCCAUUUCUAAUUGUUGCUCAUUUUAGCCAGAAUUCGAAAUAUUUGAGGAUAGUUUCCUUUAUGAAUUGAUGCAAUCGGGUUGCGAGAUACAAAUGACGACCUUUACUGUGUGACGCUCCGAUUGUCAAUAAUGUCGAGGGCUACAAAGUGGAAAGUUGAUAAGAACAAAGUAAAAGUUGUAUUCCGACUUCAAUUCCAUGCUACACAUAUUCCACAAACUGGGUGGAAUAAUUUGUUCAUAUCAUUUGUGCCGGCUGAUUCCGGCAAGGCAACAGCAAAGACUAAUAAAGCAAAUGUUAGGAAUGGCUCUUGCAAAUGGGCAGAUCCUAUCUAUGAAACCACAAGACUUCUUCAGGACUCUAAAACAAAACAAUUUGAAGACAAAAUUUACAAAAUUCCUGUUGCAAUGGGUACAUCACGGUCUAGCCUACUUGGUGAAGCUAGCAUAAAUCUUUCUGACUAUGUUGAUGCAUUAAAGCCCACCGUUGUUGCGCUCCCCCUCCUGGGAUCUGAUUCUGGAGCUAUGUUACAUGUUACGGUGCAGCUUCUAACUUCUAAAACCGGUUUCAGGGAAUUCGAACAGCAACGGGAAGUCAGUGACAGAGGGCUGCAGACAAACACUGACCAUGAUUCUGGAAAACUGUUGACACCUGUGGAUGCUGUGGUUUCUCGCAUCGAAAAGGUGAAUUCUAGAGUUAAAUUCAAGCCAGAACCAAGAGAGCUGCCUUCUCUCGAGGAAGAAUCCGGUAUCAGUGAAGAGUAUGCAGAAUCUGCUGCUGGGUUUGAUUUAUCAUCCAAUACUUCGGGAAGUUUGAGUGCAGAGAAACAUGAAAACUCUAGUACUCGUGAAUUUGAUAGUGCCAAGAGCAUAACUUCUGGUGAUCCUAGAGGGGUUUCUCCGACUCAAAGCCCGAGAACUGAAAAGGGUGCAUCUGAUCAUUGCUUUUUGGAGCAUGGUACAUGCGAUUGGGUCCAUCCGUGGGGUACAGAAAACUCUACUGAUGCUAAGAUAGCAAUGGUCUAUGAAGAAAACAGCAGACUCAAAGCAGCCUUGGAAGCCGCUGAUAUUUCUAUCCGUGAGCUCAGAAUGGACGUAGCCUCGGUACAGAGGUACGCUGAUGAUGCAAUUCUUGAAGCACAAAACGUGACGAAAAAGUUGUCGGUUGAGAUUUCUUCAGAUCAAGAACUUGUGAACGAGGUUUCGUUGCUCAAAUCGGAGUGUUCCAGGUUCCGAGAUGAUCUUGAAUGGCUAAAAAGCUUAAAACUGAAUCCUCCGAUUGCUAGAAAAAUCGUGGAACCAGAUCAGCAUAAUAUAAUCAAAGACAUGAGUCUAAGAUGGAUGAAGGGCUUGUCAGUUGUGGAUGAUAAGGUGAAGGAAGUUCGAGAAAAGGCGCAUCUUGGAUUCGACGGGAAGGAUUUAGCACUAGUGCAUGCAGAUCUGGAGGCACUGUCCAAUAUGUUACAAAUUCUCAAACAAGAAACAGAGGGUUCUAUGUUUCAUCUCGAGGAAUUAUCGGCUAGUAAAGCAAAUGAUGAUGGAAACGCUUCGUCUAAAAUCGACCUUGUCACAGCAGAUACUGGUCUAGGUGUUGAGUUGUGUCAUCCCGAAGGUGUGCUUUUGCCGGGGCUACUCGCUCCGGGGACUGGUUCUGUUGAUGCUACGAACGCCCUGCAAGGCGAAAUUUUCAAACUUCUUAGGGAGCUAGACGAGUCCAAAGCCGAACGAGAAUGUUUUUUGAGAAAAAUGGAUCAGAUGGAAUGUUAUUAUGAAGCACUAAUUCAAGAGCUCGAGGAAAACCAGAAGCAAAUACUCGGUGAAUUACAGAAUCUUAGAAAUGAGCACUCUUCCUGUAUAUACACCGUUUCAUCCACUAAGGCUCAAAUGGAGGCAAUGCAUCAACAGAUGAGCAAUGAGCUGCUACAACUCGCUGAAGAGCGAUGCAACUUGGAUGCUAUUAACAAAGAGUUGGAGAGAAGAGCUGUUUCGUCCGAAGCAGCGCUUAAAAGGGCGAGAUUAAAUUAUUCGAUUGCUGUUAAUCAGUUGCAAAAGGACCUUGGAGUGCUUUCUUUGCAGGUACAUUCUAUGUACGAGACAAAUGAAAACCUCAUACAUAGAGCUUUUUCAGAACCAUCAGAACCAUUGCUUAACGGGUCUCAAGAUGCGAUGCCGAGUAACCUUGCUGAAGGCUCUAACACCGAGAAAGUUACAGGGUCCCCAAAAGACGGCAUGGCCGUUAAAAAUCAAUUCGUGCGAAGUGAUACACUCUUGGAAGACCUAAAGAGGUCCCUUGCAUUGCAAGAGGAGCUUUAUGGGAAAAUUCAAGAAGAGCUUUUCGAGAUGCAUCUUGCAAAUGUGCAUCUUGACAUCUUCUCGGUGAUGCUGCUUGAGGCUUUAGAGGAAGCGGCUUUGGGGAGUAGACUUGCGGACGCAGAGAUGCGUGAAAUGGCGAAGCAGCUAGAACUGACAAUGAUGACCAAUGAAUCUCUGAAGGUUAAACUGGAGAAUAUGAGGGAUAAUGUACAUAAUCUUAGUGAGGAAAAGGCUAUAAUUGUUUCGAGGUGCAAUGAACUUGUCUUGAAUAAUGAGAAACUGGAAGCAAAUCUGACGAAAAUUUCCGAUGAAAAGCUUUCUCUUGAAGUAAAAGUCGGAGAAAUGGAGAGUCUGUUGUCUGAAUACAAAAACUAUAAAACCAAUUAUGAAGAUUGUAAUGCCGAAAAGGCGAAGUUGACGAUUCUGUUAGAGGAAGCGGCUGAGGAGAAGAUAGAUCUUUCAAAUGAGAUUUCCUCGUUGCAAGACGAACUGAUAAGCAUGAAGAACAGAGUUGGAGAAAUGGAGCAUUUGCGGAAUUUAGUCGACUAUCUACGUGAAAAACUGGAGAGUUUAUCGGUAUUUUACAGCAAACAAGUUGAUAGUUCAUUUUCCUGGGGCACAGCAGAGGAUACCGAGUCAUAUUUGGAGAAAUUCAAGCAUAUUAUAAUGCAGUUUGAGGAGUGUCAACAGAAGCUCGAGAAUAAAAUCGUAGCACUUGUGAACGAGAAGGUUGAGCUCCAGGAUCAGCGUGAUAGUGCUCGAGUAUCCUUAGCUGAUGCCAAGUCUGAAAUUGAGGUUUUGAAGCAGAAAUUCUGGUAUGAUGUAGAGAACAUGGUUAAUAAAUUUAAUAAAUCCAGCACUCUAGUGGAAAAUCUUCAAAAAAAUGUCGAGAUUGUUGGUGACAAACUCAAGGUUUACUCCGAGGCAGAGGAAAAUCAUACUCGGGUGACUCAAGAUCUUUUAUCUGAUUUUGCUCAAAUGGAUGUUUCAUUUGAAGAACUCACUUCCAGGAACAAGGAUCUCGCUUUAGAAAUAACGGCUUUACAAAGUGUUACCGAUGAUUUGGAGGGAAAUAGAUCGACAAUUGACAGAAUAACACAGGAAAAUCGAAGCCUCACUGAAUCCUUAUGUAAUAAGACCAUUGAAUGUGACUUGCUAACGGCGGAGCUUAAUAAUUUAAAAGAAAAUGUCGAAAACUUGCAGGAUGAGUUGGCUCUUCAAAGGGGUUUCAAAAACCAGCUCGAGGCUGAUUUAUCCGAUAUCAACGCUCGGUUGAAGGACAGAGAGGAGGAAUUGUCCCAUUUUGACCAGCAAAAGGCUGAAAUAAGUCAAUCGAAGCAGCUUUUAUCAGACAUUGAAGGGCUGAAAUGCUUGCUUGAAUGUUGUCAAAAAGAGAAUGAUGAUUUGAUUUUGUCGAACGAAGAGCUGGAGAAUAGGUUCCUGGUGCUGAAAGCCUUCGUGGAGGAAAUGGGUUUUCAUAGAAACAUUCAUGAAGAUUAUAAACAGCUACAAAAACAGUGUUCCGAUCUUACUCGUAAGCUCUCUGAGCAGGCGUUGAAGACGGAGGAAUUCAAGAACUUGUCGAUUCAUCUGAAAGAACUUAAAGACAAAGCUGAUGCUGCGCAUACGCAAGCACGUGAAAAGAAAGAAACUGAUGGGUCUUCAGCUACCAUGCAAGAAUCCUUGAGAAUAGCAUUUAUUAAGGAGCAGUAUGAAACGAAGAUGCAAGAACUUCGGCAUCAACUGUCGAUUUCUAAGAAGCAUGGUGAAGAGAUGCUUUGGAAAUUACAGGAUGCUCUCGAUGAUCUCGAGAAUAAAAAGAAAUCUGAAGCGUCUCAGUUAAAAAGAAAUGAAGAACUUUUGUUGAGAAUCUCGGAGUUAGAGACCGAGUUACAUUCCGUGCUGUCGGAUAAUCGUGAGAAGGUCAUGGCGUUUGAACAACUGAAGGCGGAGUUAGACUGCUCGGUUAUGAGUCUGGACUGUUGCAAGGAGGAAAAAAAGCAGCUUAUGGAAUCUUUGCAGAAAUCCCAUGAUGAGAAUGGUAGACUGGUGGACGAAGUUGAAUUGAUGAGAGAACAAAUAGAGAAUCUCAAAGCUUUCAUGACAAGUCCCAAAAACAACGAGGACCCGUGUCGUGUACUGCAAAUGGGUUUGAAUGGGCCAUCGAAUAUUGACAAUUUAUCCGAUAAAUCACUUUUAAGCAGGAGAGAAACAUUGGAUGAGGUAACUUUAAGUAUUUCGUCUGAUGAUCAAGCGGAUGACUUGUCUCACAUUAUCACUCCAAAAACGGAAAGGGAAGACGGGGAAAAUCGAAAUCCAUCAGCAACACAGGACGCCUUGGUAACCAGUGCUACAAAAGAUCUUUCAGGUAUAACAAAGAGUCGAAAUGAUACUCUGAACGAUGAUUCCGAGCAUGUCACUCUUCUAAAUGAUCAGAUGAACACGCAAAAUUUAUUGUCAUGCAUAGACCACUUACAGAAAGAGUUAGAACGGAUGAGAAGUGAAAAUAGUCUUCUAGAAGAUGAAAACGCGGAUGGACUAGACUUUGAAGAAUUACAAAGAGACCAGAUUCAUCUCGAGAAGGUCAGCAAGGAACUUGGCGAUAUGUCUUCUCUGUAUAACGAUUCUUCAAGAAGUGGGAACUCGGUAGAAAGAGUUCUUGCUUUGGAGCUUGAACUUGCCAAAGCCUUGCAGGCCAAGAAAUCAACCAUCCAAUUUCAGAGUUCUUUCUUGAAGCUGCAUAGUGACGAAGCUGCAAUAUUCCAAAGCUUCCGAGACAUAAACGAGCUUAUCAAAGACAUGCUCGGGAUGAAGGAAAGAUAUGGCGCUAUGGAGGCGGAACUCCAAGAAAUGCACAAGCGAUACUCUCAACUAAGCCUUGAUUUUGCUGAAGUUGAAGGUGAGAGACAAAAGCUUACUAUGACACUAAAAAACACGCGUUCAUCCAAAAGACUUAUGUCGACCCCAAUCAUCGAGCCAUGAGGAUUCAUCUCCGUAAUCUUUCACAACGUCCGUACCACAAGUUUGUUUAUCCAUUUUGGUUAUAUAAACACAAGGACUUGCAUUUUUGAAGGUUCGACGGACCGAGGAGGAAGCAUUGGAUUACCAAUAGAGAACAAUCAUGCUUGUAUAAAUAAGCAAUGGUGUAUAAAUUUGUCCAUUUUCAUUAUUAUAGGUUAGAUUUUGAUGCCUAUUUGUUUAUUAUGGGCUGUUGCAUAGGUAAUAUUUGUAACUUCCAACUAAUAUUAUGUAUUGAUAUGUAUGUAUAGUUAGUAAAUUACAAUAUUUAAUCGUUAAAUCAAGAAUUUUGGUUACAACAUUUGUCAUUGAAA